AUGCCGGCAUCGAAAACUGACACCUCCAUGCGUUUCCCCGAAAAAGACGAUCAGACCCGUCGUCUACGCAACCAGACCACCCAGGACCGCAAAGCGGUAGGUCGGAUGCAAGACGAGGCUGCAUCGCGUGCCAACAAAUCAAGAGUUCAAGGCGAGGACUGGACGCCAGUGGAGCAGUUCGAGACCUCGAUGGAUCGGGAUGGAAACCCAGUGCCUGACCACUCAUACACCGACUAUCGGAAGAUGAAGGACCACCGUCCUGGAAAUGAUGAGGCUGAUGACUAUGUCGCUGCCACUGCAGACACUUCGUACUUCGCAAAAUAG